UAUACGUAUACUCUAUAGAGCCCAGGUCCAGCUGUGCAAAAUCGUCAGUUCGCGGAAGCUGCAAGCAGUCUGCAUCGUCAACAGACGAUCACCUUCACCAUCACCAUGUCCGGCGCCGAAGCGCAGCGCGUCGUGGAGGACUUCUUCGGCGUCAUCCGGCUAUUCGACGACGGCUCCGUCGUCCGCGGCGACGAAUCGACCAUCAUGCCGGUGGGGCCGUUCCCGGACGCCCCGGGCGUCCAGUGGAAGGACGCCGUGUACGACGCGGCUCGAGGCCUCAAGGUUCGCGUGUACAGGCCACACGCGGCCGCCGGCAACGAGGGCAAGUUCCCCAUGCUCGUGUACUUCCACGGAGGCGGCUACUGCAUCGGCGCCUACGACCAGCCCAUGUUCCACUCCUGCUGCCAGCGCUUCGCCGCCGAGCUCCCCGCCGUGGUGCUCUCCGUCCAGUAUCGCCUCGCCCCCGAGCAUCGCCUCCCCGCGGCCAUCGAGGACGGCGCGACGUUCUUCUCCUGGUUGCGUGCGCAGGCUGCCGCACCGGGCGCUAGCGCCGAGCCGUGGCUUGCCGAAUCGGCCGACUUCUCCCGGACGUUCGUGUCCGGCGUGUCGGCCGGCGCGAACCUGGCCCACCACGCCGUGGUCCGGAUCGCCGCCGGGCAGAUCCUGCUCGGCCCGGUGCGCAUCGCCGGAUACAUCCUCUUCUCCGCGUUCUUCGGCAGCAACGAACGCACGACGACGGAGUCCGAUCCCCCGGCCGGCGCGUCCCUGACGGUGGAGAUGUCCGACCAGCUCUGGCGCAUGGCGCUGCCGGCGGGGGCCACCAGGGACCAUCCGCUGGCGAACCCGUUCGCGCCGGGCGGCGUGAGCCUGGAGCCGCUGCCGCUGCCGCCGGCGCUCGUCGUGGCGCCCGGCCGCGACGUGCUGUGGGGCCACGUGCUGCGCUACGCCGCGAGGCUGAAGGAGAUGGGGAAGGCCGUUGAGCUCGCCGAAUUCGUGGGGGAGCGGCAUGGCUUCUCUGUUGGACAGCGGAGCGAGGCGACGGAGGAAUUGAUGGGAAUCUUGAAGCGGUUCGUGCACAAAUUACUGAAUGACGUGAACUGAGUCUUGGGCUGGUGACAUGGUGUUAGUCUUUGUCUGCCAUUCACCUUCAAAUGCAUCCUUCUAGUAUUCAUGUCUUCGUUGUUCUGUACUCCGCAAAUGUGUUAGUCUUUUUAUGUGUACGAGCGUUCAGCCGGUAAGAUUUCGUGAGCACGUGCCUCCGAAUUCUAGACUCGGCACGAGUGAUGGUACUAUUCUUUAUUCUUUCAGUUUCAGUGGUAGAGGUAUCUAUAGUAACUUUGUUAAUAUCAAGAAUUUGUCAGUCUCUCGGAGGUGCUCAUAAGGCUAAGGUAAGGUUGCGUGCGCGUAUUUAUAGGGAUGAGUGUCCGUACGUAUACGUGAGCGUCCGUGUUGUACUGUGUUUCAAAAAACAAAAUGUAUUAGUC